UGUGUUAAUGCACGAUGUGUUGUAGCGAGGUCGCAUCUCGCGAUGAGUGAGCUCAGUCUCCCCGCGGUGACACAGUCAUGAUGGCCGCUGUACGUCGGUUUCUGGCUCUUCGAAACAAGUUCUCCAGCUUAACAAACGGUUUAAACCUUUACUUUAACAGCAGACAGUCGUUGAGGGAAAGAACAGUUCUGAGACAUGUAGGGACGGGGCUGUGUAUAACUCUCGGUGGAUUCGCUGUUGUUUACUACCAGCACAAUUCGAGUCCGGAUCGGGGACACGCAGCGAGUCUGCGCGCAUUGAUUUCUCCUCUCCCAGCAGUGGCUGCAAAAGACCAGGCCAGUGCAUCUGCUGAAGAUGAAGAGGUGUCGAUGUCAGCCCAUGAGCACAGGUUCAGGCUCUUCAGUUCAAUGGAGUAUGAUGGACAACUUUACAUGACACCCCUCGACUUCAUUGAGUCUGUCACUAUGAGCGAACCAAAGAAAAAGAGAUUUUGGAGAUCCCUCACAAAACAGGAUCUAGACAAGAUUCUGUCAGAUACGCCACCAGUUUGGAAAGGAUCAUCCUGUCUGUUCAGAAACCUGCGUGAAAGAGGUGUCAUCGCUUACACAGAGUAUCUGUUUCUGCUUUGCAUUUUGACAAAGCCACAUGCAGGUUUUAAAAUAGCUUUCAACAUGUUUGAUGCAGAUGGCAAUGAAAUGGUGGAUAAGAGAGAAUUCAUGGUGCUAGAGGAGAUAUUCCGUAAGAAAAAUGAAAAGAAAAAAGAGCGAGAUCCUGACGGUUCAUCUCAACUGAGUGUGGAACUGUACGGCUAUCAAGGAUCUGUCAACAGCAGUGUACUUAAAAAAGAGCAGCCUCAGUCUGAACCCAGAAGUUUCUGGGAUGUUCUAAGGCAUGGUGCGAGAAUAGUUCUCUUUUCAGAUCUGAUGGAGCACGAACCAGAAAAUGUCACCGACACAACUCUGCUGGUGCAUUUCUUUGGAAGAAAGGGCAAAAGUGAACUUAACUUUGAUGACUUCUACAGAUUCAUGGACAACCUGCAGACAGAAGUCCUUGAGAUUGAGUUCCUCAGCUAUUCCAAGGGAAUGACCACCAUCAGUGAGGAAGACUUUGCUCGUAUCCUACUGCGCUACACAACAGUGGAGAACAUUACAGGCUACCUUGAGAAUGUGCGUCAAAGCAUACCUGAUGAAAAGGGCAUCACUUUUGAAGAGUUUAGGUCCUUCUUUCAGUUCCUCAACAACUUAGAGGAUUUUACCAUUGCCAUGCAAAUGUACAACUAUGCAAAUCGCCCAAUUGGACAAGAUGAGUUUGCCCGUGCGGUCUAUGUGGCCACUGGCCUGAAGCUGUCACGACACCUCGUGAACACUGUUUUCAAGAUCUUUGAUGUGGACCAUGAUGACCAGCUAAGCUACAAGGAGUUCAUUGGGAUAAUGAAGGAUCGGCUGCAUCGUGGCUCUUUGGGAUAUAAAGGUGAAGAGAGAUUCACAUCCUUUAAAGCCUGCAUGAAGAAAGAACUCACUGCUAAAUAGAUUUGUGCAGGUGAAAGUCCCGUCGAGUGUUCCUCUUCACCCUCACGUCUCAGUGAAGAAAUCUCAAGUUGGAUUAAAGUUCUCAGUGACUCAAUGCAAUUAUCUACCUGACCUGUGUCAAACUCUGUAAGAUACAAAUACUGCCAUAAUUAGAUUAACACAUGCUACCUCGCUGGACUAUAGUUACCACUUUGUCACUUGGCAGGCACUUUCUUAACCCCUUUAAAAGCCAUUAACUAAAAGGGAACACUUUAAUGAAAUAGCCAUGAUACUUUUAUUAAUCAAAAAAUGAUUUAUUAAAGGUCUUAUAAAUUUAAAUGGGACCAGUGCCCACAUUUUGAGAUAAAUUAUGUUAUUUAAUGAAGUACAAAGUAGUGUCUUUAUAUUACUUCGUACAUUUUAAACUGUCCAUUUUAAAGGAAACUAUGUUGAAGUGGAGUGUACAGUUAUUUAUUCUAUUUAUUGAUCUAUUUUGUGUAAAGAAAAUGUUCUUUUGAGAUUUAAUGCUUCUUUACUGCUGUAUUGGCAGUGCAUUGAUCUAUCUGUUUCUCUAGGAGUUAUAAGCCAGAUAAUCUUUCCUUACAAUGAGCACAUUGCUAACAUAGUUUCUCUGAGCUUGUCCGCUGCCCACCACCCAGAUCAGCUUACACAGGGUCUGACAGUGCUGAGUGCACAGAGCAAUAAUGAGACCUCAGUAAUCUCACAAUGUGCUACACAUACAGAUCCCUCUCUCCUACUCUUUUAGGAGUUUCUUGCACUGCCGCUCCUUUAAGAAAAAUCUUGCGAAGGCAAAACAACAAACAAGCAGAAACUGAAUCUACUCGUUUUACUCCAGAGAAUUUUUCUCAUGGUAUGUUUAUUUUUUAAAGUUAACAUUUUGUGCUGCCUUGCCUACAAAAAAGCGGUUGCACAUUUUCAUUUUAUUACCCAGGAAAAAAGAUACAGUUCAUUAAACACCUAGCGGGGCAUGUCGUCACAUGUGUUAUAAUGGAACCAUUUUCUCUAAUUGAAAAUUUGACUCAAAGAAUUAAAAUAUAGCUUGUGACAACUGUGUGAUAAGUAGCUCUGGUCUCAACCACCAUACUUUUCUUCGGAAUACAGACCGUGUUUUAGAUCUGUACAUCCUAAAAUUGCUUAUUUCAUGUAACAUGUUUGCAUAUUACAGUUUGUGAAGUUAUCAUUUUUAUGCAUUAGGCCUAUAGUAUUCAGAUUGCUUAGAGAGUUUGAAUAAAUUAAAACCACAAUUCAAAAUAA